GAGAGGCCGCUGCAGGCCGAAGUGGGCGAGGGGGGACCCGCGCGGGCGCCGGGACAGCGGUGUCAGCAGGGGCUGCCGGGCGCGGGCGGCCAGAGCGCGCGGCCGCGGAGCCCGCAGCGUCCCCGGGCCUCGGGGCCCCAUGGCGGCCACGGCGGCGGUGCUCAGGGAGGGCGUGCUGGAGAAGCGCAGCGGCGGGCUGCUGCGGCUGUGGAAGCGGAAGCGCUGCGUGCUCACGGAGCGCGGGCUGCAGCUCUUCGAGGUCAAGGGAGCGGGCGGCCGGCCCAAGGAGCUCAGCUUCGCGCGCAUCAAGGCGGUGGAAUGCGUGGAGAGCACCGGGCGCCACAUCUACUUCACGCUGGUGACCGAGGGCGGCGGCGAGAUCGACUUCCGCUGCCCCCUCGAGGACCCCGGCUGGAACGCCCAAAUCACCCUGGGCCUGGUCAAGUUCAAGAACCAGCAGGCUAUCCAGACGGUGCGGGCCCGGCAGAGCCUCGGGGCCGGGCCUCUCGGUACCCUCGUGUCCUAAACAUUCACGCUCUCCACCUACGCGGUGCUGGGGGUCACACCAGCUUCCCUGCCUCUUUUUGGCUUCAUCUGGCGAGGCAGAGCCGGGGUCACAUGCAGGAAGCUUUGGAGCUGAAGGGACAGACGGCCUGGGAAGGACAGAAGCCACACGAGCCGGGGAGGAAGAUUCAGGGCCUGGACACUCUGUUACUCAGGAUGGACCCAGCUCAGGGCCUUCCAGCCACAGGCCUGACUUGUGUGUCAUGAUGGAGAGCUGGCACCACCGGCCCCGCCUCCCGGCCUCUGCCGUCUGUUCUGCAGGCUGCUGUUUGUCUCCAGCAUGGGACGUUGGGCCUUGGACUUAGGAGGCCAGCCUGGUCCACAGAGGAGGGUCAUCUCUGAACUGACCUCGGUGGGGGGAGCGGACCGGGCUGAGGCCCACACUUGGGGGUCUCCUGCUGCUCUGUUCCCUCUGGGACCCCCACGCCUCCAGGCCUCUCUUUGCACACGUCUUCCCCUGCCUCCUGCCUUCUGCCCCGGGAGGGGGUGGGGUGUGGUGC